AUGGCAGCGGCGCACACGGCUGGGACGCCGAUGGAUAUUGACGAGGCUACGAUUGAUGAGGGCCUCUAUUCACGCCAGUUAUACGUGCUCGGUCAUGCAGCUAUGAAGCGCAUGGCCGCCUCCAACGUUCUCAUCGUUGGCUUGGAGGGCUUGGGCGUUGAGAUCGCCAAGAAUAUUGUUCUUGCCGGUGUCAAGUCCGUCACUAUCUACGACCCUGAGCCGGUCCGCCUUCAGGACUUGAGCACACAGUUCUUCUUGCAAGAAGGCGAUGUCGGAAAGUCGCGCGCAGAUGCUGCCGUUCCUCGCUUGGCAGAACUGAACGCCUACGUACCCGUGAAGAACCUCGGCGGCUCGUCUGGACAACCCAUUACCGUAGAGCAGAUCAAGAAUUUCCAGGUUGUCGUCCUGGUCAAUCAGCCGCUCGAGAAGCAGCUCGAGAUCAACGACUGGACGCAUGAUAACGGCGUCUACUUCAUCAGCGCGGAGACGCGCGGUCUAUUCUCCUCUGCCUUCAAUGACUUCGGUCCCAAGUUCACAUGUGUCGACCCUACCGGCGAGCAACCCUUGACCGGCAUGAUCGUCUCUGUGGACAAGGAUAGCGAGGGUCUCGUUACCUGUCUGGACGAGACGCGCCACGGUCUCGAGGAUGGUGACUUCGUCACUUUCAACGAGGUGAAGGGCAUGGAGGAGCUGAACGGCUGCGAGCCGCGCAAGAUUACCGUCAAGGGUCCAUACACCUUCUCGAUUGGUGACACGAGCAAUUUGGGCGACUACAAGUCUGGCGGUAUCUUCACCCAGGUCAAGAUGCCCAAGAUCAUCAACUUCAAAUCGCUACGUGAAUCAUUGAAGGAGCCUGAGUUCUUCAUCACGGACUUCGCCAAAUUUGACCGCCCCGCUACACUCCACGCAGGCUUCCAAGCACUCUGGCAGUUCUCGAAGGAGAAGCAACGCUUCCCCUCCCCUCGCAACGCCGCCGAUGCUCAAGCAUUCGUCGCGCUCGCGAAGAAGAUCGACGCGGACGCGGACGAGAAGGUGUUGACGGAGCUCGCGUACCAAGCGCAGGGUAACCUCUCGCCCAUGGUCGCCGUAACGGGUGGCUUCGUUGCGCAAGAAGUUCUCAAGGCUUGCUCGGCCAAGUUCCACCCCACAGUCCAACACUUCUACUUCGACUCGCUAGAGUCUCUUCCCGCUGCGCUUCCCACUGAGGAAGAAUGCCAACCCCUCGGCUCGCGCUACGACGGUCAGAUCGUGGUAUUCGGCAAGAAGUUCCAGGAGCAGAUCAUGAACCACCGCCAGUUCCUCGUCGGUUCGGGUGCCAUUGGGUGCGAGAUGCUGAAGAACUGGAGUAUGAUGGGUCUUGGUGCGGGCGCGAAGGGCGUCGUUCAUGUUACGGACUUGGACACGAUCGAGAAGAGUAACUUGAACCGUCAGUUCUUGUUCCGCGCGAAGGAUCUGGGCAAGUUUAAGAGUGAGGUUGCGGCGGAGGCUGUGGCGAAUAUGAACCCGGAUCUGAAGGGGCAUAUUUUGUGCAAGCAGGAGCCAGUUGGUCCGGACACUGAAGGUAUCUACGGUGACGAGUUCUUCGCGGGCAUCGACGGCGUCACGAACGCGCUUGACAACGUCAAGGCUCGUUUGUACAUGGACCAACGCUGCGUGUUCUACGAGAAGCCCCUGCUUGAGUCCGGUACCCUCGGAACGAAGGGCAAUGUUCAGGUCAUCGUACCACACCUUACCGAGUCGUACGCAUCCUCUCAAGACCCGCCGGAGAAGGAGACGCCAUCUUGCACGGUCAAGAACUUCCCGAACCAGAUCAACCACACGAUCGAGUGGAGUCGGCAAGAGUUCGACAACCUCUUCGUCAAGCCCGCGCAAUCCGUCAACCAGUACCUCUCCGAGCCGAACUUCCUCGAGAACGCUCUCAAGUAUUCCGGUCAACAGAAGGAGCAGAUCGAGCAAAUCAUCUCGUACCUUGUUACCGACAAGCCGUUGACGUUCGAGGAGUGCAUCGUCUGGGCGCGUAUGCAGUUUGAGGAGAAGUACAACUACUCGAUCCGUCAGCUACUAUAUAGCCUGCCGAAGGACGCCGUGACGAGUUCGGGGCAGCCUUUCUGGAGUGGGCCGAAGCGUGCACCUGAGCCGCUUGUGUUCAACUCGAGUGACCCCACGCACCUCGCCUACAUCAUCGCUGCCGCCAACUUGCACGCGUUCAACUACGGCCUCCGCGGCGAGACGGACCCGAACAUCUUCAAGAAGAUCGCCGACGCGGUCGUCGUGCCCGAGUUCCAACCCAAGAGCGGCGUCAAGGUCCAGAUCAACGACAACGAUCCCGUGGAGAAGCAGAACGAUGACACGGACCCCGCAGAGCUCGCCAAGAAGCUCCCGGCUCCGUCUACCUUCGCUGGCUUCCGCCUCACGCCCGUCGAGUUCGAGAAGGACGACGACACGAACCACCACAUUGACUUCAUCACUGCCGCGUCCAACUUGCGCGCUGAGAACUACAGCAUCGCGCCGGCGGAUAGGCAUACGACGAAGCAGAUCGCUGGGAAGAUCAUCCCGGCUAUCGCCACUACGACCUCGCUCGUCGUUGGGCUCGUGUGUCUCGAGCUGUACAAGAUCAUCGACGGUAAGAAGAAGCUCGAGGACUUCAAGAACGGGUUCGUCAACCUCGCUUUACCGUUCUUCGGGUUCUCCGAGCCGAUCGCGGCGGCGAAGAAGAAGUACGGCGAGAACGAGUGGACGUUGUGGGAUCGGUUCUCGUUCGAGGGCAACCCGCCGCUCAAGGAGAUCAUCGAUUUCUUCCGCUCGAAACAUGGACUGGAUAUUGCGAUGGUGUCGCAGGGCGUGAGCAUGCUGUGGAGCUCGUUCAUUGGCAAGAAGAAGAGCGAGGAGAGGUUGCCGAUGAAGUUCAGCGAUCUUGUCGAGUUCGUUAGCAAGAAGCCUGUACCUUCGCACCAGAAGCACUUCAUCGUUGAGGUCAUGGCUAUGGACGAGGAAGGCGAGGACGUCGAGGUGCCGUUCAUCGUUGUGCGCAAGUAG